GCACCGCGCGUGUUCACUCCAAAAGAAGUUUAAUUGUUGUUUUUGCAUUGUCACAAGACUCGCCUGGUGCCUGAGUAGGCUUCAGACACUGGGGAUGUGCUGUGGAGAUGUAAGGAAUGCGGUAAUUCCUCACUACAUAAUAGAGGGGGGUAAAAGGGAAGGCGUGCGUCCGGACGCUCACCGCCAACUAAACGCGAGAGGGACUACGCAUCAAAAGCAUCGAUAACAUCUCGCUCAUCAUUAAGAAAAUUUAAUGGAGUUAGAUUGCUUAAUUAAAUAGGUUGCGUUUAAGAUAUUGGACUCUCUGAAUUUAUAACAUUAUUUCUGAUGACCCCCAAUGGAGAGCAUCUAAAGGCAGACUCCUCAGCAUCUCCAUCCGAAGGAAAGCGGCUCUCUCUCACAACAACACCCGGAGAUUUCUACUCUGUCAGUGAUGGCUAUCAACACUGAUGCUGCCUUUGGGAAAAGCGCCCUGGGAGAAAGGGAAGUUUCCAAUCCUACCGACUUCCAGGACACAGAGAAGUUACUGAACACCACGACCACCGAGCCCAGCGGUGAGAGCAACAUCAAACAGUCCGACUCCUUCUCCCUCAACAUCCGCGGGAGUAUCCGCUCUCUGGACGCGGACCAGAACGGACACAGAUCACCGCUCAAGUCGGGCUCCGUGGGCCAGUUGGCGACCCCACCCAAGUCCUCGUCCCGACUCAGCCUUGGCCCCCUGCCCUCCCCGGUGCCGCCGGGGUCCGAGCCGCGGACGUACCUGUGGCUGGCGGUGUUGUCGUGUUUCUGUCCCGGGUGGCCGCUCAACAUCUGCGCGCUGUGGUACGCACAUGUGUCGAGGUCUGUUCUCCAUACAGGAGAUAUUGCAGGAGCAAGGAAGUAUGGGCGUUUGUCUGUGCUGCUCAGCUGUCUGGCAAUGCUGCUGGGUGUGGCUGUCAUCAUCUUCAUUGCAUUUACAAUAGACAAACAGACCCAGGACUGACCUGUGGGAUGACAGGAGUGACACUACUCUGCUUAAACUUCAUCUGAUCACAGAUUUGCACAGAAGAAUAAGGAGGACAAAUGAUUUCGAAGAUGAAAAAGCACAAAAUCAAACAGGCUGAGCAAGCUGAGGAGACUUUAACAUGCAACUUACACAUUUUUUUCUGCUGUGGACCACAUAAAAGAAAGUAAAAGGAAGGAAAGAAGAUGGAGGACCCCUUUUUUUCUAACACUAAUAACCCUGGAAUGAAGAAGGGACGACAGCAAAGUCAAACAUGAAGACAAAACAUUGUGUCCAAACUAGUGGUGCAGUGAUUUUCAUGGCAGACAAUAUGAUCAUAUAUAUCCUAUGAGACAAUAAAAGUUUCAGCACUGCUUUAUUGUAACAUGGAAUCUAUUGAAAUUACCAUUAACAAAGCAAACCUGACUACUUUACAUUAUUACUCAACUGAAUCUCCAAAUAAUAGACUUUUUGUGAUCAAUAUCAUUUUUUCAACAUCUUGAUAUAAACAAAUACCAGUCGAUGAUUUAAUCUAUAAAUAGUGUCAGGACACACCCAAAACCAUGACAAUUACACAGCACUAAAAUGUGCUUAAAAUAAAGUAUCAAAUCAGUAUUUACCAAAGUGUUCUUCUAGACUAAACAUAUCAAUAUCAUCUAGAAAAACAAAAAUCAGACACAUGAUUUGUAAACUGCUUAUGAGUCCACCACAAGAUGAUUUUUUUCUGACAGAAUACAGAAAAACCAUCAGUGCACCGCUAGUUUAAUGGUCAGUUUGUGAUGCUGCCACCGCCCGCUCUGAUUCUCUGAACAUCUACAACAAAGAGUGGGCUGAGUUUUCUUCCUGUUCUCCAAGUAUCAACACUGGACAUUUGAGACUGUGGGGAAACGUAUAAGCUGAUUUCAUACACUGUUGACAUCCACGUUUAAAGCCCAUGUAUGUACGUACGUUGAUCACAGUGAAGCUUCUCUGUAGUCAUAUGUGAUAUGUUGCUUUGCUUCUGUGUUAAAGAUAAACUGAACAGACUCGUGUUCAAAGUCUAAUGAACUGCCUGGAUCUCUAACCUUCAUGAAGUUAUGAUAUACUGCAAGAUAUGAAUGGGUUGUUCUCUCUGUAUGCACUGUUCUUGGCACUCUGAUGGUGAUGUUUAUACAUUUAUACUGUAUGACUGGUUUACUGUGCCAUAGUUUUGCAUGUUGGAAAUAAACCUGAAUGAGCAUGAGGAACCUGA